AUGGACAGCGAUUCCAGCAGUGACAGCCAGCUGGAUCCGGUGGCGGCUUCGGCUCGACGUCGGCGUUCGAUGCCCAUCGUAAUGCUCGCCGAAAUGGAUGCUGAACAGAAUCACGUCUGCGUUCCACCAAGGGAAUACAAAAGAAAUGCGCGCGCUAUUCCCUUCCACAUUCCACAUCGUAAUGUUUUGGAAAAGUACGAAGGACCACCGCCAGAGCCACCAGAGCCAUUGUCUGGUUUUCGCGAUUGUCAGAGACGACUUAUUCGCAGUAGGAAAACAGAGUUGAAACCAAUUGAACCAGUGCCGAGUCGUUCAUUGCUAGCAAAAGCAACUGCAUACUCACAUCCUACAGACAAAGAAUUUGACACUUAUGAUAUUGUGUUACCUCAUUAUAAAGUUCCUGAUGUCGUUGAGCAAAACCAAUUGAUUGAAAGUUUACGCUCCGGCAAAAUCGUCGGUUUUGUUUAUUUAAUAUUUGCUGUUACAAGAUCAUCGGAGCAUUACACUCCUUACGCUCUUAGAAUGGUACCUUAUGAACAAAUUGAUCAGAAAUAUUUCAUCACAAUGAGCGCCCACGGCGUAUUACAAUGUUCCUCCGGUGAACAAGUGUUUACAUCUUUGAACAAAUGGCAAAAGGAGUACAAUAUGUAUUGCCGAUUAAUGCGAUUCAAAUCAUUCUUCAAUUUUCGUAAAUGGAAAGCGUUUUAUAGUUGGAGGAAGAUUAUCUCAUAUGACAAGUUUCAAUCAGCUGGUGAUUUCUUAACGGACAAUUUAUUUAUUUUGAAUCCAUUACUAAGAAACGCAGUAUUAAUCAUUCGUGAAAUGGUACAUAAACUAGCGUAUAGUACAUUCACAAACGUGACUUACAUAGAAAAUCAACAUAUUUUCUAUUUCAACGAACUUCAACUCGAGAAAAAGGAUAAUUUAGCCACCAGUUUACGACAAUUCCGUAGUGUUGUGGCAGAAAUUGUGUCAAACGCUUGCCAUGGUGCCUUAUUAGAGAAAGGAUUUAUUGUUGAUGAGUCAACUGUAGAGCAAACACGCAGAACACGUGAGAAAAAGGCUAAAACUUCGUAUAUUGAACAAGCUAACAAGAGGAAGUUUUCAAUGCGUUUGUGCUGCUUCAUUAUAUUUAUAGAUUAUAUAAUGCUUGAUAUGUUACAUCACGUUAUAAUAAACACCAUGGAAGAGUUGCUGUGGAUUCUGGAACAACAUAUUCCGUUUGUACCUAGUGAAGAAGCUCUUAAUGAUCUAAGCUUAAUCAAUAUUGAUAUUCAAAGACCAGAUGUUUCAUACCAACAACCCUUUAUUAUUGUUGAUGUAUUUAUUAAACCUGGUUUGAUUUAUUUCUGGCCCAAUUUAGAUGUAAUUACAAAAGUGUUUCGUGAUUUGGAAGCUUAUUGGUAUGAUGUUGUCCUUGGCUUGAAGCCAUUUAUUGCUGAUAAAUUGUACACAGCUUUUACAAGACCCAUAAUCAACGGUAAGAAAGAAGAUCGUAUUUGUGGCUAUGGCCCGGAAUUAUUCUUCUUUCUCGAAGAUAAUUUAUACUUGCAUGAGAUUCGCGGUAAAAUCUAUGAUCAUCUUGAGAGUAAUUAUAUUAUUGCCGAGAAAUAUUUGCUAAAGUUGUAUAAAAUCAAAGAGUUUUAUACUGAGGACGCUAUGACUGAGGAAGCAACCAUUGAAGAAGAACGUGAAUUGGAAAAGUUCCGUAAUAUGUGUUUAAGAUACAAUGAAGAACUUGCUACUAUAGAAAGUUUAUGGGAUUGGCAACCUAUGGGACUAUAUUAUCUUCAAAUGAUUGAAUUUAAAGGUUUAGCUUCGCCAGAACCCAAUAGAUUGAUUGGUAUAAUUGAACGUGUGAUGCCAUCUAUUGGUAAAGAAAAAGUAGAUUACUUAAUGGAAGAAGUAGACAAAGCGCAACUAUUUUUGGAAACUGAACCAACAUCAACUAUUGAAUAUGUUGCGUAUCUUGAAUUUAUUGAUUCGGCACAAAUAAAGGCUGAUGAUUUAGAAGUCGUAUUAGAUUAUUGCAAAGAUUUGUAUGAUAUUACGGAGGAAUUUAAAAUUCCGGUGCCAGUCAAUGAUAUGAACAACUAUUUGGGUCUCAGUGUAACCAUGGGUGUACUGCGUAACUUGAUCGAUAGGAAGAUUGAAGAACGCGAUAAGAUUAUUGUUCGAUUUAAUGCCAAAAUGAAUAAGGAUAUCAGUUUACUUAUUGAGGAGAUUGGAAAGAUUAAAACUGAUUGUUCGCAAGAAUGGUUAUAUGACUCUGAAUCAAACAUUGCCGAAGUUACUGCUUACUUAAAUGAACUGUAUGAAAACCUUAUGGAUUGUUUAAGACGUGCCAAUGAGUACAAAUCAUACCAAAAGCAAUUUAGGUUGGAAGUUACUAGGUUUGACAUGUUGGAAGAAGUGUUAAAUGAUGUCAAGUUACGAAUGCUUCUCUGGGAGAGUGUUGGUGGCUGGGCCGAUCAAGUUAAUGAAUGGUACGAGGUCGACUUCAAUACUCUUAAUGUGGAUGAUAUGAACUUGUUCACUGCGAAAAAUAUGAAGAAUAUCACACAAUUAGAAAAAGGUUUACCUAAAAAUUUGGUUGUGCCUGAAUUGAAAGAAUCUGUAGAACAGAUUAAAGAUAAACUCCCUGUUAUUACCUACCUGAGAAAUCCCGCGCUGCGACAUCGGCAUUGGAUGAUGAUUGAAAAUUUGCUCAAUUACAAAUUUAAAGUUGACGAAACGCUUACUUUGGAACUGUUGGAAUCGUUGAAAGUUUUUAGUUUUCCUGAGGAGUUAAUGGAGAUUUCUGGACAGGCUAGUAGUGAAUACAGUCUGGAGAUGCUUUUGAAGAAAGUUGAAGAAAACUGGAAGGCGUUAGAGUUUCCUAUUAUUCAACAUCGUGAUGCUAAGGAUGCGUAUAUUUUGGGUUCAUUGGAAGAAGUGCAAGCGAUCUUGGAUGAUAGUAAUAUUAAUAUUAUUACUAUUGCAAGCUCUAGACAUGUGGGACCUAUUAAAGCAAGGGUUGAUGAAUGGCUUCGAGUGUUGGAUUUGUUUGGAAGGAUAAUGGAUGAGUGGCAAUUAUGUCAACAAAGUUGGAUUUACUUGGAAGUUAUCUUUUCUGCUCCUGAUAUUCAAAGACAACUUCCAAAUGAAGCAAAAAUGUUUUUAAUUGUUGAUAAAGCCUUUAAAGAAGUUAUGCGGAGAACGGCCAAGAAUCCUAUGGCGAUUGAAGCAGUUAGUUAUCCAGAUUUGUUGGAGAUAUUCCAGAAAAACAAUGAAUUACUGGAACAAAUCAUGAAAUGUCUGGAAUCUUAUUUGGAGACAAAAAGAGUUGCGUUUCCACGUUUUUACUUUUUAUCAAAUGAUGAGUUAUUGGACAUUCUCGCGCAGACAAGAAAUCCACACGCCGUACAACCACAUCUACGCAAGUGUUUUGAUGCUAUUUCAAAGUUAGAAUUUGGAGUGAAAACUGCAACUGAAGGAGAGGAUGGUGAAAUUGUCGAAUCUGCAACACCAAUUUUGACUACAGAUAUUGUAGCGAUGAUAUCGCCUGAAGGUGAAAGAGUUGCUCUUGGAAAAGGUCUGAAAGCAAGAGGCAAUGUGGAAGACUGGCUUGGAAAAGUUGAAGACAAUAUGUUUGUGUCCCUACGUAAAUUGAUGAAGGGUUCUAUGUAUGACUACAUGUCGCGUACACGUGAAGCUUGGUGUUUGGAUCAUCCUAAUCAGAUUGUUCUCAUUGUUUCACAAAUAAUGUGGGCACGAAAUGUUCAUGCUAUUUUUGAUUAUUCCAAGGACAAAACUGUUGACAUGCAAGAAUUUGAACAGAAAAAUAUUCAGGAUUUGAACAAACUUGCUGGUUUGAUUCGUACUGAUUUGAACAAAAUAACAAGAAAAGUUUUGAUUGCAUUGAUAACGAUUGAUGUGCACGCUAGGGAUACCAUCACACAAAUGGUUAAAAACAAUGUUACAAAUGGAAAUAAUUUCAACUGGUUAAAGAUGUUACGUUAUUACUGGAUGGAAAACAUUGACAAUUGUGUUGCGAAGAUGUCUAGCGCAUCGUAUGUCUACGGUUAUGAAUAUUUAGGAGCAUCGGGCGUCUUGGUCAUUACACCAUUAACAGAUAAAUGUUAUCUUUGCCUGAUGGGUGCUUUGCAAUUGGACUUAGGAGGAGCGCCAGCAGGUCCGGCUGGUACCGGUAAAACCGAAACAACAAAAGAUUUGGCUAAAGCGUUAGCCAUUCAAUGCGUAGUUUUCAAUUGCUCGGAGGGAUUAGAUUACAAGAUGAUGGGACGAUUCUUUUCUGGUUUGGCCCAAUCUGGUGCUUGGUGUUGUUUUGAUGAGUUCAAUCGGAUUGAUAUUGAAGUCUUGUCGGUGAUUGCUCAACAGUUGAUUACUAUUCGAAAUGCAAAAGCUGCAAAACUCAACAGAUUUAUGUUUGAGGGACGUGAAAUUAAAUUGGUACAUCAAUGCGCAGCUUUUAUCACGAUGAAUCCUGGUUACGCAGGAAGAACUGAAUUACCCGAUAAUUUAAAAGCACUAUUUAGACCAAUAUCUAUGAUGGUGCCUGAUUAUGCACUUAUUGCUGAAGUAACACUGUAUUCCGAAGGCUUUGAAUCUUCAAAAGUCCUCUCAUAUAAAAUGGUCCAAAUGUAUAAACUCUGCAGUGAACAAUUAUCUCAACAAGAUCAUUAUGAUUUCGGUAUGCGUGCUGUUAAAAGUGUUCUUGUAAUGGCCGGCGCCUUGAAACGUGCCAGCCCCGACCGCAAUGAAGAUGUUGUUUUGAUUUGUGCUCUACGAGACAGUAAUUUACCAAAGUUUUUGGCCGAUGAUGCCGUGCUAUUUCAAGGUAUUCUCUCUGACUUGUUCCCUGGUGUCGAACUACCCGUUAAUGACUAUGGUAACUUUGAACUUGCGAUUGUUGAGAGUAUGUUCAAUGAAUUAUUGCAACCUGAAGCAUCGAUGAUCAAGAAAGUAAUACAACUGCAUGAGACUAUGAUAGUGCGUUGGGGUGUCAUGUUGGUGGGACCAACUGGUGGUGGUAAAAGCACGGUUCUAAAAACUUUGAAUUUAUCGUUAACCAAAAUGUACGAAGAUGGCGAAAAUGGCCCAUAUUGGCAACCUGUUCGUACGUAUACAAUGAAUCCGAAAGCUGUGACUGCUGGUGAGUUGUACGGUGAAGUAAAUCCAUUUACUCUGGAGUGGAGAGAUGGUCUAAUGGGUAUUAUGGUACGUACUGCUGUGAAUACUACAGCGGAAGAUCAUCAAUGGGUGAUUUGUGAUGGACCUGUUGACGCUGUAUGGAUUGAAAACUUAAACACAGUAUUGGAUGAUAAUAAAAUGUUGUGUCUUGCUAAUUCUGAGCGAAUUAAACUAACUCCAUAUGUGCAUAUGGUAUUUGAAGUUCAAGACUUGGCGCAAGCAUCACCAGCAACUGUAAGUCGUUGUGGAAUGGUUUAUAUUGAUCCGGAUGAAUUAAAAUGGCUGCCGUUCGUGAAAUCAUGGCUACAGAGACAAGAUGAGAAUACAUUAUCACAGGAAUAUAAGGAUUUUAUCCUGGAGUUGUUUAUUCACGCUGUUGAAGGGGGAUUUAUUUAUAUUAGGAAGAGUUGUGACUAUGCCAUUCACCAAGUUGACAUUAGUAAAGUCUCGAUGGUAUGUGCCUUGAUGAAAGGUAUAAUAGAAAACACAAAGAUGGAUAGAAUAGGUGAGAAAGCCAAGGUGAGAAAUUAUAUUUGCCAAUCCUUUAUGUUCUCCUAUAUUUGGGGCCUGGGAGGAAACCUAGAUGAUAUCUCAAAAGAGAAAUUUGAGUCCUUUGUCAGGGAGCAGUUUGAUGAACAUGCCGAUGCUAGAAUACCUCCUGGAUUAGAUUUGUGGUCAGUAUAUAUGGAUACUGACAGUCACCGAUAUGAAACGUGGAACACUAUCAUUCCCACAUUUAGAUACAGUCCUGAGUUGUCUUUCUUUGACAUGUUGGUACCUACUAUUGAUACAGUCCGUUAUGGUUACAUCAUGGAACAGUUGAUUAAUGUUAACUACCCUGUUUUUUACACUGGUGGCACUGGUGUGGGAAAAUCUGUGAUUGCAAAACAAGUUUUGAGCAAGAUGUUUGAAAGUGGAUUGUUUGUUCCGAUUACUUUGAAUUUCUCCGCACAGACAAGCAGUAUGCGAACGCAGGAAAUAUUGGAACUUAAAUUAGAGAAGCGUAAGAGGAACCUUCUGGGUGCCCCACUUGGUAAAAGAGUUGUGGUCUUUGUUGAUGAUGUAAACAUGCCAAAGUUGGAGACGUAUGGUGCCCAACCUCCGAUUGAAUUACUGCGGUUGUUUUUGGACCAUGGUGGACUCUACGAUAGAGAAAAAUUGUUUUGGAAAGAUAUUAAAGAUGUAGUUUUGGCUGCGGCAUGUGCCCCGCCCGGAGGCGGAAGAAAUCCGUUAACUCCACGAUUUGUAAGACAUUUUGGCAUGCUAUUUAUUCCGUCCCCCAAUGAAUAUUCUCUGAAAGUAAUAUUCAAGUCUAUUCUAAAAGGCUUCUUGUUUGAUUUUUCAAACAGUGUGAGAGAUUUAGGAGAUAGUAUGGUCAAUGCAGGUGUUGAUAUUUACAACAGAAUAGCCGAAGAUUUACUGCCGACACCAGCAAAGUCACAUUAUGUCUUCAACUUGCGCGAUUUGUCAAAAUGUGUACAGGGAAUCCUACAAGCUGAUUCCGGUACAAUGCGAGAAUCUGGAGAUAUGCAGCGUUUAUUCUGUCACGAAUGCUUAAGAAUCUUCCAUGACCGUUUAAUUAACAAUGAAGAUAAGGUAUAUUUUUACUAUUUAUUGAGAGAAGUUUGCAAUCGUUGCUUCGGUAAUCCAGUGUUGAGUUUUACCGAUGAGUCUAUUCUACAACGCACGCCUGUUUUAUUAUUUGGUGAUUUUAUCGUCUUUGGCGCUGCUAAAGAAGAUAGAAUCUAUGAAGAAAUCAAAGAUCUCAAUAAGUUAAAGAAUGUAUUGAAUGAUUAUCUAGAUGAUUUUAAUCUAGUAACAAACAAGGAUAUGUCAAUGAUAUUUUUCAUGGAUGCCAUUGAGCACUGCACCAGAAUUGCGCGUAUUUUACGUUCGGAUCGUGGAAAUGGUCUUUUGGUAGGCGUUGGUGGUAUGGGCAAACAAAGUUUAACUCGAUUGUCAGCUCAUCUUAAUGGUUACAAAUGUGGUCAAAUUGAACUAACUAGAAAUUACGAUCAUACUGCGUUUUUUGAAGAUCUUCGUAAAGUGGCAUUUUCGGCUGGUGCAUUGUAUGAACACACUGUAUUUCUUUUCACCGAUACACAAAUUGUUCAAGAGGAGUUUUUGGAAGAUAUUAAUAAUUUGUUGAAUUCUGGUGAAGUUCCUAAUUUGUUUGAAGCUGAUGAAUUGGAGAAAGUUAUUAUUACUUGUCGUCCGGCUGCUAAACAGGCUGGAAUUGCAGAAUCAAAUCGCGAUGGCAUUUAUGAUUUUUUUGUGAACGGAGUGAGGAAUUUAUUGCAUUUAGUACUUUGUAUGAGUCCCGUUGGUGAUGCAUUUCGGCGAAGAUGUCGAAUGUUUCCGUCACUGGUAAAUUGCUGUUCGAUUGAUUGGUUUGUCAAGUGGCCAGAUGAAGCGUUACUUUCUGUUGCUGAACGUGCCAUGUCUAAUGUGACACAAAACCCAGAGACAAAUAAGAAUUUAGCUGAAAUAUGCGUCGUUAUACACCAAAGUGUAGAAGUUAUGACCACAAGAUUUUAUAACGAAGUACGACGCCAUUAUUAUACGACUCCAAGUAGUUAUUUAGAACUACUUAAACUUUAUCAAACUAUGUUGACACGCAAAAAGGCUCAGAUUUUAAAAGUCCGAGAAAGAACCGAAAAUGGUUUGAAGAAGUUGUACGAAACAAAUUCUGUUAUUGAUACGAUGAAAGAUACUUUAACGGCAAUGGAACCUAAAUUAAAAGAAAAAUCGAAAGCUGUUAAAGAGUUGAUGGAAUUCUUGUCGAAGGAACAAAAAUCUGCUGAUAAAGUACGUAAUAUCGUUAAAGAUGACGAAGUAUCAGCGAAAGUCAAAGCUGAGGAAACUCAAGCUCUAGCUGACGAUGCACAAAAAGAUUUGGAUACUGCUAUGCCUGCCAUGGAAGCUGCUAUGAAAGCUUUACAAUCGCUCAAUAAAUCUGAUAUCAAUGAAAUACGCGUGUUUCAAAAGCCACCAACACUUGUGCGUACUGUAAUGGAAGCUGUUUGUUUAUUACUGGGAACAAAAACUGACUGGGCUGCAGCCAAACAAGUAAUGGGAGACGGUAAUUUCUUGAAACGAUUGCAAGACUUUGAUAAAAAUAAUAUUCCGGAGAAAACACUGCAAAAACUGAAGGCGUACAUCGACAACAAAGAUUUUCAGCCGGAUAUUGUUGCGUCUGUGUCCAAAGUGUGCAAAAGUAUGUGUAUGUGGGUAAGGGCAAUUGAUAUGUAUGCUAAGGUCUACAAAAUUGUGGAACCCAAACGAAAGAAACUGGAAGCAGCUGAAAAAGAAUUGAACAGUGUAAUGGGGGUUUUGAGAGAUAAACAGAAGCAGCUUGCUGAUGUAGAACAACAAAUUGCGACUUUGCAAGCUAACUUUGAAGCUAGUGUGGCUGAAAAGAAAGCUCUGGAAGAUGAUAUGUCUCUAACAGCAGCCAGAUUACAGCGAGCAGGGAGAUUAAACAUUGCAUUGGGUGAUGAACAGAUUCGAUGGGAGGAAAGUGUUAAACAAUCUGCUAUAGAUUAUGAACUAACAACAGGAGAUGUAUUGUUAUCUGCUGCUUCAGUUGCAUACUUAGGAGCCUUCACAAGUUCAUACAGAAAGGAGCUUGUAGAUGGUUGGUUGGAAAUAUGCACCAAUUUGAAACUACAAACCUCGCCAAAUUACAGUAUUAUUACUGUAUUGGCAGAUCCCUAUGAUAUAAGAUACUGGAACACUUGUGGGUUGCCAAGGGAUCAAGUGUCUACUGAAAAUGCUAUUCUUGUUACUCAAGCUGGAAGAUGGCCGUUGUCUAUUGAUCCACAAGAACAAGCGUAUCGAUGGAUUAAACAAAUGGAAAGUCUUAAUAAUUUGAAGAUUAUUAAACAAACUGAUGCUGGGUAUAUGAGGAUAUUGGAAGGUGGUAUUAGAGUUGGCAUGCCUGUGCUUUUAGAAGAAGUAGGUGAAACCUUAGAUCCUACACUGGCUCCCAUUUUGAAUAAACAAACUUUUAUUCUGGGAGGGAGAACCUUAAUUCGUUUAGGUGAUACCGAUGUUGAAUAUGAUCCCAAUUUCCGAUUCUAUAUCACUACGAAAUUAUCCAAUCCACAUUAUUUGCCGGAAGUUUGUAUUCAAGUAACUAUUGUUAACUUCACUGUCACACCAUCCGGUUUAGAAGAUCAGUUAUUAGCCGAUUGUGUAAGACUAGAACGACCAGACUUAGAAACUGUAAGAACUGAGUUAGUUGUACGCAUUAACAACGAUAAAAGUCAACUGAAAAACAUUGAAGAUAAAAUAUUACGUAUGUUAUUCCAAUCUGAAGGCAAUAUAUUAGACGAUGAAGAACUUAUUGAUACACUCAAUGAAAGUAAAGAAACUUCAGCGAUAAUUGCUGCAAGAUUAAUAGAAACUGAAGCAACUGAAGAGAAAAUUUCUAUCGCGCGAGAAAAAUAUCGCAGUGUUGCAACCCGAGGUUCCAUUUUGUAUUUUGUCGUUGCACAAUUGGCUGAUAUAGAUCCAAUGUAUCAAUAUUCCUUGAAAUAUUUCAAUCAAGUGUUUAAUUCUGUAAUUGAAAACACAGAGAAAGUUGAUGAUAAUCUGGAUAAACGUCUCCAUACUUUGUACGUUGAGAUAACUCUAGCGAUAUAUACAAACGUCUCUCGAGGAUUAUUUGAACGCCACAAGUUAGUUUACAGUUUUAUGCUUUGCGUAGCUAUAUUGAAGGAGAGUCAACAAAUCAAGGAAUCACAGUAUAACUUUCUACUGCGUGGUCCUGUUGGUACCCGAUCUUACGCCGGUAAGAAACCAGACAUUCCAACUUUGUCAGAUCUAAUGUGGACUUCCUUUCAUCAUCUGCAAUAUGAAUACGAUGAAUUUAAAAAUUUAGUUGCAGAAUGCACUAAAAUAAUUCACGUCCAGAUUGGUUCCUUUGGGCAGUCUCUAACUUUUAUUCCGAAAAAUAACGUAAAGUCUACUAUAGACUGGAAUACUGAAUUAGGGGACUUUGAAAAACUGCUACUGAUUAAAGUAAUGCAAGAAGAAAAGUUGGUGUUUGCUAUAACAGAAUUUGUAAAGAUUAAAUUAGGGCAGGCAUUUAUUGAGAGUCCUGCUGUGGCAUUAUCUGUAUUGUAUGCAGACACAUCCCCGGUGACGCCAUUGGUCUUUGUACUCAGUACCGGAUCUGAUCCAUUCAGUGCUUUUCAACGUUUUGCAGCAGACAUGCAAAUGUUGGAUAGAAUACAGUCUAUAUCACUAGGACAAGGUCAAGGACCAGUGGCUGAGAAGAUGAUUGAAACUGGUAGACUACGUGGUGACUGGGUAUUCUUACAAAAUUGUCAUUUGGCUACAUCCUGGAUGUUAUCAAUGGAAAGGAUUAUAUUGAAGAUUGUUGAGCAAGAAGAUAAUAGUCCAGUGUUUAGAUUGUUUAUGAGUUCUAUGCCGUCGAAGGCGUUCCCUGUUUCAGUAUUGCAAAAUUCUGUUAAGGUUACCAAUGAACCUCCUAAGGGACUUCGUGCGAAUGUUAAACGUGCCUUGGCGGAUAUGAUGGAAGACUUUUUUGAUGUCCAUCCUCUUGGAAGGAAAUGGCAAUCAAUGAUUUUUGGUCUCUGCAUUUUUCACGCUGUGAUUCAAGAGCGUAAGAAGUUUGGCCCACUUGGGUGGAAUAUUGUUUACGAGUUUAAUGAUAGCGAUAGAGAUUUUGCCUUCAAUACGUUGAAAAUGUUUUGUGCAGAAGGGACAAUUCCAUGGGAUGCAUUGGAAUAUAUAACUGGUGAAAUAACGUACGGUGGUAGAGUUACAGACUAUUGGGAUUUACGAUGUCUGAAAACUAUUCUGAGAGGAUUCUUUUCUGCUCCUACUAUUGCUCCUGAAUAUUCAUACUCAAGGUCUGGUGUUUACUAUUGUCCAAACUAUACGAAACUUCGCGAGUUUCGUAAUUUUGCUGAUAAACUACCAAUAAUUGAAAAACCGGAAAUAUUUGGAAUGCAUGAGAAUGCCAACAUUGCGUUUCAAAUUAAAGAAACCCAAAUUGUUAUCAGGACUAUAAUGGAGAGUCAACCCAGAGUGGCAGGAGGUGCUGAUGCAUUGUCAACAGAUACUAUAGUUCAUGAUUUGGCUGAGAAGAUUAUUGGAAGGAUUCUGUCAAACAUUAGCACUGACGAUGCAAUCAAUAAACUUUUCAUUCGAGACGACAAAGGAAGACUGCCUUCUUUUACCACAGUUUUGAUGCAAGAAGUUGAUAGAUUUAAUAAGCUACUAAAGUUGAUACAUGACUCAAUGGCACAAUUAAAGAAAGCUAUCAAAGGCUUAGUAUUGAUGUCUGACGCAUUAGAGGAAGUCUACACUUCAUUUAUCAAUAAUCAAGUACCUAAUAUGUGGAGUGCAAAGUGUUAUCCAUCAAUGAAGAGUCUAGGAAGCUGGAUUCGUGAUUUAGAACUACGUUUAGACUUUAUAUGUGUAUGGAUACGAUCUGGCCAUCCUACAUCUUAUUGGUUAUCUGGUUUCUAUUUCCCUCAAGGAUUUCUAACGGGAGCUCUGCAAACACACGCAAGAAAAUAUAAUCUCCCAAUUGAUCAACUUAAAUUUGAUUUCAUCACCAGGGCAUUAUUGAUAGAUCAAGAAGAUAUUAAAGCUGCCCAUGAUGAAGCUGCCGGCAAAGAAGACUAUAACGUCUAUGGGCAACUGGCGGUACCGAAAGAUGGUGUCAAUGUUCAUGGGAUAUUUAUGGACGCAGGACGAUUUGAUAUUAGGGAUAUGAUUCUAAGAGAUGCUAAACCUGGUGAAAUUAAUCCACCAUAUCCAGUGAUGACCUUGAUUCCGACAACGAAUAUGCCUGAAAGAGAUCCGCGAUAUGUAUGUCCGCUGUAUAAAACAUCUGUAAGAGCUGGUACGCUUUCCACCACCGGACACAGUACAAAUUUUGUUAUUGCUGUUUUGAUUCCAUCGAAUGAAAAACAGAGUUAUUGGAUACUGAAAGGAACUGCGUUGCUCACUCAAUUAACCAAUUAAAACGAGCUGAAGCAUGUUUUAUAUGUUGUAAGUUUUUAAUUUGUUUUGAAAAUAAAUGUUGCUGUGUAAUCUA